AUGUCUAAAGCAGCUACUGCGCCGUCGGUUUCGGAAGAUAAGAGCAUAGUGCAGCAUUCUACCUUCAGAGCGUCCCCCUUUCAUAAGCGACAACGUAGAGAAAGCAUUCUAACUAUGUUAGCAAUACUAUAUAUGGAUGCUGGUAAAAUCUUGUUAUACCUUCUUCUCAAGAUACUCCAGAGCAUCCUCUCUUUUUGGUACAUGUCUACCCUGUCAAUCACAAUUAAUGCAUACGCAAUUGCAUCUCAAAAUACCGGAUUUUAUAGAUUGACGCGGCGGCAUAUACAUCAGGAAUAUUUUAAAACAUUUGAGGAGGGCUACCGUGCUGGGUUCUCAUGGUUAGUGUAUCGCAUGAUUGACAGAUUUCUAAAUCAAAAAUCCCUAGCUGUCCAUCUAAGCAAUGAGGUCGUCGAGAACCCAUUCGGUGACACAGUAUGUGGCAUGGAACACGCCCUAGUGUACAUGUGUGUGCAGUUUUUCAUCUUGUCGUUUUGGUCAUUUUGUUACUCUAUCUUGCAGGCGUAUAUUCAGCGUAUAUCGAACGUGAUAAAGGACAUUAUCAACAAUCGGAUUUACAUAUCCUUUCUUUCUGUCCUCCUAACUCGUCACCUUUCUCAGCCGUACCAACAGCUGGAGCAAGAGUCUUCAGGCGAGCGCGCAUCCACCCUGAACGAGUACUCUCAGACCAUGGCGAAUCUCAUAACGGGUCUACUUGAGAAGGCCAUUCCAUCUGUCAGUUACUUCUUAAUAAUGCUAGUGACGACUCUUUUAAGAGAAAAGCCGUCCUUGAAUAGCCUAAAUGACGAGAAGACUAACGUAGCCAACAGAAAACCGAAAAGAAAGGAUUCCAAAAAGCCUCAGUUUUCUUCUAUUGCCUCCACAAUCCAUGACAGACACGCCCUUGCACUAAUACUUAUUGCCCUGUUACCGGUUCCUUUUAACGUCUUUGUGGUUGCCUCCGUGGAGCGCCAAAGGUUUGCGCUCAGUUCUUCCCGCAACUCUGCUAAGAUGCAGUCUGUUGCCCUGCUAACCGAAGUAACUUCGCGCUAUAGGCUAAUAAAGCUGUAUGACGCUGUCUCCUAUGAAAUAAGUAAUGUAUGUAAGCUAAUGCACAAGUUCAAAAGCGUUGACAUUGUCAACAUUCUUUUGAGAAGCACGUCUAGAAAGGUUAAGAGCCUCACUAAAAGGUACACGUCGUCGGUUCUAACCCUGGGAUCGGCUAUUUAUUUAUCGCUAAACAUCCUAAGCUACAGGCAAAUCCAGCAGAUAAGAUACAUAGUAAGCACAGUCACAACCCAGAUAACAAAGUUAUUAGAAAUCCCUGGAGUAAUAGUAGACAUUCACGAGCACUUUGGUGUGAUUAUUAAGGAACUAUCGAAACCCCAAGAAGCGGGACUAUCAAGUGAUAACACUGUUGGGUUUGCGGCCACGUGUGCAUACUUACAACAGCAUUGGACGGAUAUUACUAGAUCCUCUUGUAAAGCUGAUUCUUCCUUCAGUUUGAAGGCUUGGACUAGGAGCUUCUUUAAGAGAGCAGCUUGCUACAUCAAUAUCGGUAUUAUUAAAAUCAUUCCACCGGUGUUCCGUUACAAGUAUCCAGCUAGUCUUGUGACCUCAACAAGUCCGGAUAUCAAUGAAAGGAUGUAUGUGCAGGAGCUCAUGGCUGAAUCACAACAGUACGUCACCUUGCAAGAGCCUUUCCCUUUAACUCGGCCCAUUCAGCCAUGUACUCCCACAUCUAUAGAAUUCCGAGACGUCUGCUUUUCUUACAAAACGGGCUGUGAUAUUUUGCAUGGCCUGACCCUGUCUGUUCAUCCCGGCCAGAAGGUUGCUAUCGUGGGGAGGUCUGGGAUCGGCAAGUCCACGAUCAUCAACCUCUUGACGCGGCUAUACACCACACCCCAGCCUCAGGACACUUCGUCGCCCGGAAUCUAUCUCAAUGGCAGGGCUAUAGGGUCCAUCCCACGCGAGGAGCUACGGAGGCUUAUAACAGUCGUCCCGCAGGAUAACAUACUCAUCAGGGGCUCUGCCACGGACAACAUCGCCUAUGGACAGCCUCGCAAGCUCCCGGGCUCCCACGCAGAAGAGGAGCAGAGGCGCUACAUCCGAGAAGUCAUUCGGCUAUGCUACGAGGCUUCCCGUGUCGCUGCGGCUGAAGAGCUCCUGGGAGAUGCACCAUACAGUGGAACUCUGCAGGGCCUUUCUGGGGGACAACGCCAACGGGUAGGAAUUGCCAGAGCUGUCGCACGUGGAGGCAGCGUUCUUGUGCUCGACGAGGCGACGUCGGCACUCGACGAAGAGACAGAGAAGCGGGUCCUCCAACAGCUAUUCCGCUCACUGGACCGCAACCAGAGCGUCGUCAUUAUCAGUCACAGACUCUCCACUCUCAGGCAUGUCGACCUGAUUUAUAUUCUAGAUAAUCCAGAUGGCAGUGGAGCGCGCGUGGUAGAGUCAGGCUCGUACGACUGGUUCGUUGCCGAAAGCCAAUAUCUGAAGGAUGCAGGCCAGGAUAUCUCUGACCUUGUGAGUAACUGUGGCUGUAGCAGCGCAGGUGUUACCCCAGGCUUCUCCCAUGCAACUCUUGAUGCAAAGGGGGAUCUGUAG